GGGUAGAUAUCAUAUCAUAUAUGACAAGUAUUGCGUGCUUUGGCAAGUGUGGAAAAAAACUAUAACUUAGUCCCGAAAUUAUAAUCACUGCGGAACCUAAUUUUCCCUUCCAAUCAAGAGAAAUUGAACUUUAUCCGAUAGUGCCUCUUUCAUUUCAAUCUCAACCAAAGGUGAACUUGUUGUUCCUGCUCCUAGAAUUCAAUGACAUCCAUGCCCUCUGUAACCGGUUCCUUGUCAAACGCGGUUGGACUCGGUGACUGGAAAAAACAUGCCCCUUUAUCAUCUUCUCUCUGUCAACUAAACUCGAGUUCAAAUAUAGUUGACAUGAAGAUAUUAUCUCGAUGUGGUUGUAGGAAAGUUGGACAUGGCCAAAGAUGUUUCCGAUUGUAUGCCCUAUUUGGAGGGAAAAAGGACAAUAAUGGGAAAAGUGAUGAUGCUCCUUCUAAGGCAGGAAUUCUUGGAAACAUGCAAAAUCUUUACGAGACUGUGAAGAAGGCACAAAUGGUUGUCCAAGUUGAAGCUGUGAAGGUGCAGAAAGAACUUGCAGCGGCAGAGUUUGAUGGUUACUGUGAGGGUGAGUUAGUAAAGGUAACUCUGUCAGGGAACCAGCAACCUGUAAGAACGGAAAUUACCGAGGCAGCAAUGGAAUUGGGAUCUGAAAAACUCUCUCUUUUAAUCACUGAGGCAUACAAGGAUGCCCACCAGAAGAGUGUCCAGGCCAUGAAGGAAAGGAUGAGUAAUCUUGCACAGAGCUUAGGAAUGCCACCGGGGCUUAGUGAAGGGUUGAAGUGAUGAAUACUUUUAUUCUAGACUUACGACAUGGGCCUCAAUUUUUCACAAACAUGGCAGAUAGGCUUAUUUAUUUCUUCAUUUACUAUGUCUGUGAAUUUGCAAUCUUGGCUAUUCAAAAAAGUAAUCCUGGAAUUAUUUGAAAAGGUGGGGUUUCUGUUUUUCCACAUUUUAUUCUUGCCUUUAUUUUUUGUUUGAAUGGUGAAAAUUCUAUUCUAUGCGUCCUGUUAUCCUAGUCUUUAUCAAUAGAGAAAAAACCUUCCAUGGUUAUGAGGUUGUUGAUUUA